GUGAGCGGGUGAGAGUGAGUGCAAGACAGCAAGAGAGAGAAAGACAAUCAUCAACGUUGUCGUCGUCGUCGUUACGUUUUGUGGUUUUGCAGCAGCAGCGUCAAAGUCAGCACAAAUACAAAUAUGUCUAGCGAUUCAAGUCGACGCAUUCAGGUGCCUGAUGAACUGAAGGAGGUGCUACUGCAGUUCUCCAUUGCAUAUCUGGUCGAACAGCCCUCGGAUCUAAUUGACUUUGCCGCCGAAUAUUUUAACAAACUACAGGCUCACCGCCCAACCACAGCCACUAGCGAUAUUGCUGACGAUCAGCAGAGCAUCAAUUCACAAGAUGGCGACGCGGAACCACCAGUUGUACAGGGCUCACGUCGCAAAUCAGUUUUCGCCGAGGCAUAUGAUCCCGAGGCGGACGAUGAUGAUGAGGGCGCCACUGCCAUAUUCCCCAAGACAGACGAACAGCGGGCACGUCUCAUCGAGUCUGUGAAGAAUGUGCUGCUCUUCCGUUCACUUGAGAAGGAACAGAUGAACCAAGUGCUGGAUGCGAUGUUUGAGCGUAAAGUGCAACCGGGCGAUUUCAUCAUACGCCAGGGCGAUGAUGGCGAUAACUUUUAUGUUAUUGAAUCUGGCGUCUACAAAGUCUACAUUAAUGACAAACACAUUAGCACCUACAAUCAUACUGGAUUAUUUGGUGAAUUAGCGCUGCUUUACAAUAUGCCCAGAGCGGCUACCGUUCAGGCGGAAACAAAUGGCCUACUCUGGGCCAUGGACCGUCAGACAUUCCGACGCAUCUUGCUCAAGUCGGCAUUCAAGAAGCGAAAAAUGUACGAGGAGCUGCUGAACAGUGUGCCCAUGCUAAAGGCGCUACAGAACUACGAACGCAUGAAUCUGGCCGAUGCUUUGGUCUCCAAGAGCUACGAGGAUGGUGAACGUAUCAUUAAGCAGGGUGAUGCCGCCGAUGGCAUGUACUUCAUUGAGGAGGGCACCGUGUCGGUGCGCAUGGAUCAGGACGAUUCGGAAAUCGAGAUUUCCAAGCUGGGCAAGGGUCAAUACUUUGGUGAACUGGCGCUGGUGACACAUCGACCACGUGCUGCUUCAGUUUACGCUACGGGUGGCGUUGUUAAGCUUGCAUUUCUCGAUGUGAGAGCAUUUGAGCGUCUGCUUGGACCCUGCAUGGAUAUUAUGAAGCGCAACAUUGACGAUUACGAGUCGCAGCUGGUGAAGAUAUUUGGCAGCAAAAAUAAUAUCACCGACACACGAUAAAAAGUCUGAACAACAAACGCCACAACAACCGCAACAACAACAACAGCAGCGGCAGUUACAACAACAACAACAACAACAACCACAACCAGGCUAAUGGGUUAUUAGGACUCUACACAACUAAACGAAGGCAUAUAUACAGCAACAACAACAACAACAACAGCAGAGAGCACAACAAAUACCAAUACAAGCGCAAACCAAACACACACACACACACAUAUACAGAAAUUUUUGAUUUAAAACUAUGUUUUAAGCUGAGGCUGGAUAAUACAAUUCAAAAACAAUGAUAACGAUAAUAUGAUAAUGAUAACGAUUAUGCUAAACAAAAGAAAAACAAAACAGAAAAAAAAAGAAAUAUUGUAUUGUAUGUAUUAGCAAUUGUAAUUUAAUGUAUUUAAUUGAAAAAAAAAAAACAAACAAAAACAAAACGAGAAUAAUACCCAGAGAAGAAAUCAGAUUGGGCAGAAGAAAGGUAGAGUAACAAGGAAAUGUAAUUUUUUUUUGUGUGUCAUUAGCUCAAAAGAAAUGUUAAGUGCAUAGUUAAUAGUCUUGUUUUUUUCUUACUUUUAUUAUUAUUAUUAAUAUAUACUAAUUUGUUAUCAAUUGAUCUACGCAUAAUUUAGCACAAUACAGAGGCAAAAACUAUGCAAAAAAACUAUGCAAAAAAAAAAACUCGUUUGGCUUAAUGAAAUAAGUUUAAUAAUCAAAGCAACAACAAACUUGUUUAUUGUUUACUAAAUAUAAUAAAAGAAGGAUAUCAAAUAGUCGCAAAUGAACACACAUCAAGCAAAGAGUUUAUAUCUACAAAACAAGAAAUACAAAUACUUAUAUAAAGUAAAAACUACACAUAUGCAUAAAACAAAUCUAAUUUAUUUAUAAAAUAAAGUAAAAAAAACCAAUCAUUGUACUAGUCUAUAUGUAAAAUUGCUGCUUGCAGUGUUUACGAAAAAAACCACAAGAUAAAAAAAAAAA